GUAAAAUCAUAUACAGAACUUUUGGUCGCACGCGCUCUCUUGGGAGUUUUCGAAGCAGGUCUGCUUCCUGGAAUAGUUUAUUAUAUAACUAUAUGGUAUAAAAGAUAUGAACAAGGUUUUAGAAUGGGAAUAAUUAUGUCCUCAAUAUCAAUUGGUGGUAUUUUUAGUGGAUUAUUAGCUUAUGCAAUUGCAAGCCUUACAGAUGAAACUUCACCUUUAAAAGGAUGGCAAUUAAUUUUUAUAAUUGAAGGUUUAGGUUCCAUUAUAGUUGCUAUUAUUGCAUAUUUUUAUAUUGCUGAUUAUCCAGAAGAAGCCAAAUGGCUUAACGAAGAAGAGCAGUUAUUGGCAGUUUUAAGGUUAAAACAUGAUGAUGGUGAUGAGUAUCAUAAAAAAGCUCGAGAACACUUAUUUGAUAGGGUUUAUGUACUAGAGUGUUUGAAGGAUUGG